AACUUACAAAAAUACUAAAAUUUGGGUUAACUUUUACAAAAAUACUGUCACACGGAAAUCUUUUCAAAAAUACUGUGUUUUUAUAAAACACCAGUAAAACACAAAGCAGAAUAACUCAAAACAACAGUAGAACACCAAUAAAACACUAGUAGAACACCAGUGAAAACUUAACACAGUAUACUGCAGUAUGAAACUUAUAAAAAACACAGUAAAAAAGUAAAAAAUACCGCCUGGCAGUAUUUUUGUAAAAAAAUAGUAAAAGUUAGUAUACCAUGUAAAUUUCUCAAAUAAAAUCAUGUAAUUUUUUGUUUCUUAUUACUAGAAACAUUGGGCUGAGAUUAAUGGGCUAAUAAAUGGGCAGCAGUGAGUGGGCUUUCUGUAGAUCCAUACUUAUCAGCCACGUACUGGUAACAGACUAGCGUAUGACUAGUACUAAUAACAUAACAUGGACUUAAUCAACCCAAACAAACAAACACUAUAAAUCAACUCACUUCUAAUUACUAUACAAAACAAAAUACUACCAAACUUAAAUAAUAAUAAUAAUAAUAACAAAAAAGAAAAAUGAGUGAUCAUGGAACAAUUCCAUCUCAUUCCUCCAACCCUCUUCUCUCUAGGUUGGAUCGUUUAGAUUUCAUUAUGAAAUAUUUGGAAAGGAAGACAAAGUUUAUUGAAGGAUCCAAUAAUAUUAUUAUAAAAAAUAAUAAUGUUAAAAGUGGUUAUAAUAAUUAUAAUUGUGGAAGAGUAUUAAUGGAGGAGAUGGCAUUAAAGAAAACUGAUCAUCAUCAUCAUGAUCAUUAUGAUGAGCUUAAGAAGGGCUCUAAUAAUAAUUUGUGUUUGAUUGAUCGUGUUGCAUCACUUGAGACCAGGCUUAUUCAGCUAUGCAUGGAAAUAGAUGAAUCAAGUAGUAGUAAGUCACACAGUUCUUCAUCAAGUGGUGUUAUUAGGCAUCAAUGCAGAGGAGAAUCAUCCAAUUCAUCAUCAUCUUCUUCUUCUUCCUCACUCCCAACGUUCAACUUAAAACCCAACUAUCAACCCAAUAUUGCAAGAUUAUCCAAACUCACCACUACUACUACUCAUGAAAUUGAGGAAAAUUGUGAAAGUGAUGAAGAAGAACACAACCAUCCAAGUCCACUACUUCAGGAGCAAAAACUUAUUAAUAAUAAUAAGAAGAAGAAUAUUAAUAAUAAACAAAAGAAAUUAGAUGAGAACUGUUGCAAAAAAGAGAAGAAGAAAACCCCACCUACUUGGCCACUCUUUAAUCUAUUAGGCUGCUAAUUAAUUCAUUUAUAUAUCUAUAUGCAUGCAGUACUACUCUUUAUUAAUAUUAUAUAUAUUUAACUCUAUAUUCGUUAUAUUCUUGUUCUUCCUAAUAAGAAAGGACUAAUUAAUUAA